AUGCCGUCCCUCUUCAGUCGGUCUCACCAGGCCCCGAAGAAGGACCGAGCACCCGCCGUGCUCGUCGCCAACCAUGGCCAAGAUCGCAAGGUACUCGGCCUCGCCAAAACUUGGAAUGGCUCGAGCGCUACACCCAACAGCUCGAGCGUGGGCGAGUUUGGCACGGUCCCACAACAUCUCGCUCCAACCCAUGGCUUGACCCUUCCCCGAACCCCCGAUGGCAUGAGCCAAGCCGAUUCGAGCGCGUCGCUGUUGCCCAUGCAAUCUUCCUUCCUCACCACCCAGAUUCCGCAGGGCGCAAUGCAGCAACUUUUGGGUGACUCGAUGUCUGCCUAUGGUGACGACAACGCUAGGCAAUACGGUUUCCUCGGUGGCGUUGGGCGCAUUGUUGUUCUUGGGCUGGACGAAGUGGCGCGUGUCAUUCGUGACGUCGGAGCAGAGCUUGGACGCCGAGCGCUGGACACGCCCAUGCUCUUCUCCAACCAGAGUCUCGAGCUCUCCCAGACCCGCAUCAAGAUGCUCAUCCAGGCCUUUCUCGCCACCAUAAGGUCCGGCAGCCGCGUCCCUACCAAAACAUCGCUUGUAACGUUCGAGCAAGACAUACGUUUCGCCUCUGACCAUGAACUCGCAUGGCUUCUUCGCUGGGCUCUGUCGCGCAUGACCCGCAUUCGCGAGGGCACCCGUGAGGUGUGUCAUGGGUGCAUCGAGUGGGACAUGUACGAAGAGUGGCGUGGACGAGAACGCGCGGCCAAGUACCCCUUUGACGCGUUCAACCAGCUGCAGAGCAUUCUCCCUCCUGACGUGUUCAACCACAUUGUCGAACCGCUCUUCUCCUUGCUUUCUCGCUUUGCCGCACACUCGCAUAACUCGGGCCUCACCCCUCACGCCUUGGCCUCGAUCUUUGCGGCCUUGCUGUUCGACAUCCCAGCAAACGCACCGUGUCUUGUGGCGCACGCCACCUUUGUCCGUGCAGCCUCUGCCACGGAGCACAUGCUGCUGUCGUACGUUCGAUCGACUGGAAAGCGCGACGAUCUCGGCCUCAGCGAACUCCCCUCUCGUUUGCGGGAGUGGGUCAAGGGUUACCCCUCCAUGGUGGCCUCUGAUGCCGACCUGGCUCGGGCACUGCCUCGUAAAGGUGCACGUGCCGUAAGAUGUCAUGUGGCCACGCGCAGCGUGCGUGCUUACUCGCGCGACCUCAUUGUGUCGGCAGAGACGUGGGCCGACGAUGUGCCGACAGGGUGGGAAACGUGGGACAGGGUGGUUCUUAAGACCCGGCGCGGUGAAGCAGCUCGUCCCAAGUUUUCCACUUCGUGGCGGCGCAAGAUGAUGGUCAAAGAGACCCUUCCUCUCCCAGCUUCUCUCAACUCGAGCAGGCAGCAGCCGCUCACGUAUGGCGCGCCCCUUCGACCUAACCAGACCAAGCCCUCCCAGAAGGAUGAGGGGGAUGUUGGCAAGUACUCUUCCCUUGCAGGCCAAGAGUGGAGCGCUUUUGAAGACAUGGGUUUCGACAUGCCCAAGCAGGCCAAAUCCUGGGAGCAGCAGAAGGACGAGCGCGACAUCUCUCAGCGACUCCAGUUUGACCUGAACGAGAGCGCCAAGCAUUCGGUCGCUGAGCGCCGCCAGACCAUGGACUGGAGCGAGUUCGCCUCGGGCGGCUUUACGCGGACAGAGAAUUAUUUGACUGCCAGUCUUACCUUUUCCGCCCCAGUGCAAAGCUCCAUAACCGAGUGGCCCAAAGAGCGCGAUGAGCUUCGACGUCGACUGCAGAAGACCCAGAAGGAGGCCACGCCGUUCAACCAUGAUACGACACCGCGCGUAGGACGGGCGGCGAACGUGGAAGGCUCGGACAACAAGGGCCGCAUCUAUGUUGAGGAGGCGUUCGUGGACUGCUGGGCCGACUUCAUGAUGGGUGGAGCUUGGACUGACCGUGAGGAACUUACUUUCAAGGAGGCAUCCUGGGCAUUGAUCGAGUACAAGUGCCGGCCUGAGCGCACGGAUGAAAACGACGUCCCUCACCCAUCCAUCGACCCUCGGACGACCGAUGUCUACUUCCUGUUCGAGGAGCGUGUUCCACUGGACUACCAGAUGGCUGUCGCGGACCCCAAGCGGAAGAAGUCGCUUCACACCAUCUUCAAGCGAAAGAAGGAGAAGCCAGGCUCGCCAGGAUCCCUGGACUCUCGCGCCAACGACUUUGACCGCAUGUUGAACCGAGGCCUCGAGCGCAAGCUUACGCUGUCCCGAAACGACCAGUCCGUAUCGUCAUCACUAUGGCAGUCUCUCAAUGACGGUAGUAGCAAGGCGGCGAGCCUGACUCCCAGUCCAUCAACAACCUCGACAAUCAAGCCGUCCAAGUCUGUCAAGGGGAACAAGACCACCGCAAACAAAGUGCUUCCUUCGACACCUAGAGGCAUGACUCCUAGUGCGAGCCAGCGAUCACCGCCCAAGUCUGCCCCCACUCCCCAAGAGGAGCAGGGGAAGCUCGGUAAUGGCCGUCCAGGUAUCUUCAAGAAGUCUAUAAGACGCGUGAAAAGCGGCACGGAUCAACGUAAGGAAGCCAAGAAGCAACGCGAAGUUUCUAUGGACUUUGAGAUCCAAACAGCAAGUGGUGUAUCGAGCGGUGCCAACUCGCCACAGGAUUCGUUCCAUGGAGGCGCAGACGACAAGUGGAUGGACAUCCUCAUCGCCAACGGUGCAAGGCCAAUGAACCGCGACGCACAUCUUCAUCCCUCGACAUCUCGCGAGCCGCAAUGCUCACCCUCGAGCGGCACCCGCCAGGUUUCCCCCAGCAACGACAUCACUCCCACUGCCACAGCGAUGGGUGGUCUAAACCUCGCAGCGGAAGGUCACAGCACUCACCCUGCACUCGGGUCCCCUAUGCAGCUCUCACGCGGUACUGAACCAGGGAGCCGUCAGGGAUCCGGGAGUUCGAACGACCAUCGCGGCAUUGAAUUCCCAGAAGGCAACGGAGCUGUCGAUGCCAACUCGCAAUCAUCCAUGUAUGACGAGUCUCACAGGUCGUCCGUCCUUACCGACGACUACUCUGUGCAGCCUUCAGACUCAAUCUCAAUGCGCAGGCAAGCCCGUGACUCGCCUCCUCCUGCGUCUGCGCCCCAUGACGAUCCCAUCAUGGGCGACCCAGCCCGGAACACUGCCCACCUAGCAUACGACGAGAUUGUAUCUCCCAAGCCGCGGAUGGCUGGCGAGCGCGACGCUAUCUUCUCCAUAGUGGACCACUACGGCGACCAGCGCGGGUCUCAGGGCACAGAAUCAUCCACCUCGGACGACGUAUACGGCGGCAUAGCCAACCGGGACAGCGUCAUUGAGAACACAUAUGCUUCUGAGCGAGUCAACUCGGCUUACGGAGGUAUAGAGCGUCAUUCGAUUAUUGAGGAGAAGUACGCCUCCGAGCGAGUCAACUCGGCCUACUCGAUCGACGACACGUUCCCGCCACCCCCAAUCUUCGAUUUGACCCCGGGUCGAGAGCCCAGCCCGGCUCGCUACAAGCAUGGCGAGCCGCUUCACUUUGUCGGCGAGGAGGAUGAGGAGGAAGAGUAAUCCCUGAAUUGGUCGCAUGAACGAAAAGCCUUUGGCACUUACGAAUCCCUUCAUGUCCGUCAACGCACGACGAACUAUGCACGACGCAUGACGCAAGAACCGCGCAUCUGCUCCGGGGCACACGGCGUGCAGGCAUGCAUGCCUCCCCAUCACCAUACCCGGCCCCCAUCUCGGUCCAUCACGCCCUUUCCCCACCUGUCGUCGGAAGGCGUCCAGACAUAUGAUUGUGUAGUAAUGGCCACGCAGGGCGCGGCCAGUCUGUGAUGCUCUAAGGUUAUACUGAGAAGAAGCUAUUCGGCG